CCGCCAUUUUCCAGUCGCCAUUGAAAGGUGAAAACUUCACUAAAUGUCGGUGAUGAUUUUAAGAUUUUGAGUGGUUUUUUUAAUAUUAGACCCGUUUUUAGUGUUGUGAAAUGAAAAUGAAGUGCCCUGGACUACCAUGACGCAUCAAAAUCACCAAACAAACGGUGCUAGCCUCGAGGAUUGCCACACAAACUUCUUCGCCUUGACGGAGCUGUAUGGCAUAAAAUGGCGUAAGCUGGUAUGGCAGCGGGAGUGCGGCGGGGGCAAGGGCGAGGAGGGCGCGGCUCCGCUCGGCGAUCCCGUGAUCAGCAGCUACGCGCGUUGCCUAGCCGGCGACAUCCUAUGCGUGUGGCGGCGCGUGCCCUCGCAGCAGUCAUCCGACCCUUACGAUAUGCCCGCCCCGCCGCCACUCUCGCUGCGCGCCGCCAAGGAGCUCUGGAUCUUUUGGUACGGCGAGGAGCCUGACCUUAGUGGACUCGUCGCCCCAGAGCUCAUAUCCGGCCAAGGCGACCAGGGCUCAUGGGAGGGUGGACUAUCUUACGAGUGCCGAUCCCUGCUCUUCAAGGCUUUGCAUAACCUCAUCGAAAGAUGCCUGUUAUCGCGAGACUUUGUGAGACUGGGAAAGUGGUUUGUCCAACCUUACGAUGGCGACGAAGAGGACGUCGGAAAAAGGUAA